UGGGAGCUGGACUCUGCACUCCACUACGCCGAGGGCUGAAGCAAGCUGUGCUGUACAUGACUGACGCCGUAGUCAUGUCGCUUGCAGGGAGUUGCUGGAUGAGGCUGGUGGAGUCUCCGGUGAUACUUCACGAGCCCAAGUCCUUAUCAGUAUAUCAACGUGCUCAGUUCCAUUUUUCCGUCGUGUCUAUUUCUACACACGAGUUCUUCGUUUCUCUUUCGUUCAAUUUCCGUCAUUUCUUUCAUAAUCAGAUUCGGUCCUCCUCUCCACCAUGGCUCUCCUCGUCAUAGCCGGCAUCCUCAUCGCCCUCGCCCUUCUCCUCCACCGCGCCCUCUCACCACCCUCAAACUUCCCCCGCAAUAUCCCCACCAUCCCCAUCUGGGUGUCCCUCCUCGGCUUCUUUACCAACCUCGAUCAACUUGAGAUCUACGCCCAGUACAUCAAACCCUCCAUCGCCGUCCACGGCGCCGUCAUCUACUUUUUCGGCGGCCGCUGGAAUAUCCUUGUGCAACGGCCUGAGCUUCUAUCUGAAGUGCUGAAACAUGAAGACGUCUAUGCUAAGAGUGGAAACCAAAAGAAGAUACCGUAUAGUGUGCUUGCGGCAUUUACGGGUGAUAACGUGAUUUCAGCGCAUGGCGAGACCUGGAAGAGCUAUCGGACGGUAAUGCAGCCGGGCUUGCAGAGACAGGAUUUCGACUUCAAGGGGAUACAGAAGAAUGCGGGAAAGUUGGUGGGAUUGAUGAUAGAAGCGCAGAGGAAGCUACCAGUUGGGAAGGGGGUGAUGGUUAAUCCGUUUAUUCAGAGGUUUGCGAUGCAGACCCUGGGGGAGACGGUGCUAGGGACAGAUUUUAAAACACUCGACUCAGACACCCCCCCCAUCCACACCAUCCACUCCCAACUCAAAGCCCAGAUCUUCAAACCGCUUUACCUCGUCGCUCCUUUCCUCGACAAAUUCCCUAUCGAAUCUCGACAAAAAGCCAGAGUGCUCGUCCACGAAUUCGAAAACGAGCUCGUCACCACCGUACUUGAGCAGACCAAAGACUUCCCAGAAGACGACGAUCGACUCAUUUCCCUCAUGAAGCGUGCCAGAGCAGACGGGACAUGGACGGAGCAGCAAUUCCGCGACAACCUCAAAAUCACCUUCAUCGCCGGCCAUGAAAACGUCCAGCAAGGCCUCAACACCUGCCUCUACCUCCUCGCCGCCCAGCCCGCCUUGCAAACCUCCCUACGUGCCGAGUUUUCUUUUCCAUCCCCCGACGCAGCCAUCGAUAUCGCGAAUAUGAAAGCGAGUCCAACACUGACCUCAUUCCUCCUCGAAACGCUCCGCCUGUACCCGCCCAUCCCACAGCUGCUGAAUCGGUGUACGACUACCUCCACGACUCUCGGUCCCUCUAAUAUUCAAAUCCCGAAGGAUACGUACGUCGGAUGGACAGCCACAGGCGCUCAUAGGGAUACAGCUGCGUGGGGCGAGGAUGCGGCAGUGUUCAGGCCGGAGCGGUGGGGAGUAAGUGCGGAGGAGAUGCAUGCCAAUAUGCGGAAGUGGACGGCGAGGGGGAAGUUUGUGCCAUUCCAUGGAGGGCGGCGUGCGUGUUUGGGACAGGGGGUUGCGAUGGUGGAGCUGAGAGUUGCAGUUGUGGAGUGCUUAAGAAGAAGUAAGUUGAGCUUGGAAGACGGAGCAACGGUAAAGUUUACCCCUGCAGGGCUUUUAGCGCCGAUGGGGUUGAGAGUGCGAUUUGAGGAGUUGGAGAAGACGUGAGGCGGAGAAGGCGUGAAGGGGGGGGGCAGCCUUGAAACCAAGAGUUGCGAAGCUGAGCGAGCUCCUGUUGACGUUUGAUGGGGAUGGGGGUGAGAGAGGUGGAGAUUCGGCUGCCGGAUGGCUCGCCGGUUCCUGCGGGUGAUUCAUGAGAUGCGGUUCUUUGAGGCGAGUUGGAUGCUUAAGUUCAAGGGGAUUUAUUGUUUCUCGUACUCGAUGGGGGAUACGCAUCUGCUGGUUUAUGCGACGGGGAAGAGUCCGUUAGGACCAUU